AUGUCUCAAUUGUUGUACAAGUACUUCUUACAAAAAGUAUGUGUAUUUCACCUUCGGCAACGUCUCGCGACGCCUCGCAUUUUUUGCAUCCACUUCAAAGGUUGCGAUACACUAACAUAAGCUACUUUCUUUUUUCUUCCUAAUCUUAGACAAAUCUUGACCAUAUCAUCACUGUGGGACAUGGGCACGAGGACCCUUAUUUCGAAGAGAUCCCCAAAAACGAGCUCCAUUUCUACCAACGCAAAGGAGCCAAAAGACAAAGACGUUUGCCCGAUUACAUUCCGCACCACGAUUUAAAGAUUUUGAACAAGGUGAAAAACAGAGCUUAUACCUUGGAUCUACAGUUGAACCUCUGUGGGUUUAGAAUCGGCUGGGCCGGCGUGAUUGGGUUGAUCCCGGGGAUAGGUGACAUUAUCGCCUUGUAUUUUGCUUUGCAAUUAGUCAACACUGCUAAAGGGAUUGACGGCGGUUUGCCCAAGAUGUUGGAAGCGCAAAUGCAGGCUAAUGUGAUGUUUGAUUUCGGGAUUGGGUUGAUUCCUGUUGUGGGUGAUUUUAUUAAUGUUUUGUACAAGUGCAACUCGAGGAACUUUGUCUUGUUGGAGAAACACUUGGUGCACAAAUAUGGGAAGGGCCAGAAUGGUGUGCCGGGGACUGAUCUGCUGACGAAACAUGGAGCUGGGGGCGCGGGGCCGACGACUGGGAAAACAACCACAGGCAAGACAGGGCAGACAUCAGGACAGACAACAGGACAGAUCACAGGGACUCACACUGUCAGUGGAGGCGGGAGUGGAAAUGGGCACAGCGGUGCUGGUGCUAGUGCGGGUACUCCCUAUAGUGGUAGACCCCAGCCGCCUAUACCGGAAUCGGCCCACGUUGCUCACAAAGUGUGA